UUUUUAUAAGAGUCACUUGGAAAAACAAAGGGAAUAAAUCGAACAACCGAAAAUAUAAAGUAAUUUUUUCUUGUCCUUGUUUCGUAAUCUUCAGUAUUUUUCACUAUUCUUUCAAUAGAAGAGUUGAAGUAUUCUCUAAAAUAAUCUAAACUAUUCCGAUUGUGACCGACAGACACAAUACGCCGGCGGCCGGUUGUCGCUCUGCCAUACCGAGGUAGUAGUGCAGUAGCUCCAUCUGAAUUAAAUAUCUGCGCGACCUAACCUACUCAUAUUACCACGUGCUCAGUGUGCUCAUACCGGUUCGUAUUGUUAACAGGCGCAGUUGGAAAAUCUAAUUGAAGACAACUCGAAGGAGUGACGACAUCGCCCAAGUAACGACUGACAUUCGUGAAAGAAGAAGAAAGAAAUGACAGAGUCGGCUUCAGCCGGCCGUAAUCGACAUUUGAUACAGUACGGUACGUGUAGCGUGGUGUCGUAAGAACUGCAAGGCUCUCUCCAAGAUGCACCGAGUAACCGACGCGAAAGAAGUGAUCCUGACGAGCGACGCGACGGGGGAGAGCUGGAGCGCCGCGGUGUGGGAUCCCCGGAACGGUUCCCUGCUGUCCGUGUACAAGCAAGCGACGGCGCUGGGACAUCGGAGCCUUCAGCUUCUGAGCGACAGCUACGUGUUGGGCGCGGACGCCACGCGGCCUCGUAUACACAUCUGGCCGCUGAACAACCCGACGCCCCUGCCCAACGUCCGACUGACCACGCCGGGCAGGGUCAACGCCUUGGCCUGCACGCCGAACGGCUCCUACAUAAUCGCUUCCGUGGGCGAGAAGCUGUUCGUCUGGCAGACGUGCAACGGCAGGCUGCUGGCCAAUCUAGCCAAGCACUACCAAACCGUCACCUGUCUGGCCACCACGAGGGACGGUUCAUUGUUCGCCAGCGCCGGCGAGGACGGCCUGGUGUUCGUGUGGUCGCUCUACAGCGCGCUCAACGACGCGCGUUGUUCCCCCGUUCACGCGUUCUCCAACCAUAGCUUGCCGGUCAGGGACCUGCACUUCGGCCACGGUGACGCCCGCGCGAGAUUGUACACGGUCUCGCUGGACCGAACGGCGAACGUCUACGAGCUCGGCAGCGGAGCUCUCCUGCUCUCGGUGGUGUUCGACGCGCCGCUCACCGCGGUCACCGUCAACGACCGCGAAAGCGAGCUCUUCGUCGGCUGCACGACCGGCGAGAUAUUCCUGUGUAAUCUGCACGAGCCGCCGCGCGGUGUCGAGCAUCACGUUAUGGUGAGCUCGAGCAACGUGGACGAGGACGAAGAGAGCUCUGUGUUUAAAGCGCACAAGUCGAACGUGACCGCCCUGUCGGUAUCCCUGGACUGCUCCACUCUGCUGUCCGGAUCGACCGACGGUGCGGCCCAUAUCUGGGACAUUGCCAGCCGGCAGGUGCUCAGGACGUUCCAGCACAAGGGACCGGUCACCGCCGCCUUCUUCGCCAGGGGAUUCGACAAUUUUCGCGCCCCUUUUCUCAAACCGCGCUUGCAGGUGCACAAUCUGCAGAGGACGUCGGACGACGGUGGUAAGGAGAGCGUCGUCGAGGUCGUCGCCAGAGGACGAAACCCGGCGGAGAUCUUGAACUUCGAGUCCUAUGCGGAAGGCAGCGGCGAUUCUCGAGGGUCGGAGGAGACGAAGAAGUUGGAGGAUCUGCAGAAAGAGAUUCAGAAGUUAAAGAAUAUGAAUGCCAGCCUAUAUAAGUACUGCGUCACGCAUAUCCUAAAGUCCUAAACACAUCUUAAAGAUAAUCGAUUAAUAGUGGAAACAUUGGAUCGCGUGAUUUCAUAUAUUUUUUUUCUACGAGACUGAAAUUUUAAUUUGUUUUGUAAAAUAUAUGUAUAGGAUAAUAUAAGGAUGAUAUUAGACACGACUUUCUUUCUAUGAAAAUAGGUUUUAUUUCGUUGAAAGAUAUAUGCAAUAGCUUACAAAUUGUAAUAAAAAAGAUUUAAAAAUACAAAUUAAAAC